AUGCAGAUCGCGAUCUCAGCCAUUCUACCGCGGAUCGAGUCCCGAUUUGAAGAGGCGAUAACCAGACCAGGAUUUAUCAACAAAAUCAACUACAAGGCCAGAUAUAUGAACCACGCACUAAGAACCAUAUCCAGCAUCACACCGAACCUCCACUUCAUACCCCAUCCAACCUUCGCCCGGAACGGAGUUAUACAAGAGCAGCUACUCAGCAGAGAUGGCCUUCAUCUAAGCUUUAAGGGCACUGACAGGGCAGUGAACGACAUCCUCGUUACAACAAUCGGGACAACGUCACAAACCACUACGUCACCACCGACCACUACGUCGCCACCGACCACUACGUCGUCACCAGCCACUACGUCACCACCGACAACUACGUCACCACCGACCACUACGCGGCUACCAACCACUACACCGACUACUAACUCGCCACCGAUCACUACGUCACCACCGACCACUACCCACUACGCAGCCACCAGUCACUACGCAGCCACCAGUCACUACGCAGCCACCAGCCACUACGUCGCCACCAGCCACUACGUAGCCAUCGACCACUACGGCACCACCGACCACUACGUCACCACCGACCACUACGCUGCCAUCAACCACUACGCAACCACCAGACACUACGUCGCCAACAGCCACUACGCAGCCACCGACCACUACACCGCCACAAAUCACUACGUCGCCACCAGCCACUACGCAGCCACCGACCACUUCACCGCCACCGACAACUACGUCGUUUCCGACCACUACGCCGCCACCAACCACUACGUCGCCACCGACCACUACGUCACCACCAGCCACUACGUCGCCACCGACCACUACGUCGCCACCACCCACUACGCGGCCACCGACCACUACGUCGCCACCACCCACUACGUCGCCACCGACCACUACGUCGCUUCCGACCACUACGUCGCCAACGACCACUACGUCGCCACCGACCACUACGUCACGACCAACCACUACGGCAAUGGCAGGGUAGUGAACGACAUCCUCGCCGGAGUUACACCAAUCAGGACAACGUCACAAACCACUACGUCACCACCGACCACUACACCGCCACCGACCACUACGUCAACACCGACCACUACGUCGUCACCAGCCACUACGUCGCCACCGACCACUACGUCACCACCGACCACUACGUCACCACCAGCCACUACGCAGCCAACGACCACUACGUUGCCACCACCCACUACGUCGCUCCCGACCACUUCGUCGCCACCGACCACUACACCGCCACCGACCACUACGCGGCCACCAACCAAUACACCGCGAACGACAACUAACUCGCCACCGACCACUUCGUCGCCACCAGCCACUACGCAGCCACCGACCACUACUUCACCACCGACCACUACGCGCCUACCAACCACUAUAUCGACUACUAACUCGCCACCGACCACUACACCGCCACCGACAACUACGUCGCCACCGACCACGACGUCAACACCGACCAAUACGUCGUCACCAGCCACUACGUCGCCCCCGACCACCACGUCACCACCGACCACUACGCAGCCAACGACCAUUACGUUGUCACCACCCACUACGUCGCCACCGACCACUACAAUAUUACUUGUCUAUCCAGUCGUCGAAGUCGCUCUGGCUUUAUAG